GGGACGACGACGACGAUGGCCUGCUCUUCUUCUUCUUCUUCUUCUUCUUCUUCUUCUGCUGCUGCUGCCUCUUCUCUAUCUUGCAUGUCCGCCUCCACCCUACUCAACCAAUCCCACCGAGCUUUGGCCAUCAAAUUGCCACGACGGUGCUCCUUCUCCUUAAUGGGCCUCAGGCUCCUCUCUCAGUCCCAUGCCCACUACUACUACUCAACAACAACAACCAUCUCUUCGCGUUGCUGCUACCGCCGCCUGUCACCCCGUCUCCACGGCAACGCCUCUUUGGCACGCUUCUCCACCGUUAGCGAAACUCCCAACCGCCACCGCCUCCAAAUCCCCCAACCUGCCGCUCUCGCUUCUCCCCAGACCCAAUCUCACUCUACACCAGCUUCUGAAACCCUUCAGAGGGGCCGCAUAUAUCAUGAAACCUAUGGGUGUCAAAUGAACAUCAACGACAUGGAGAUUGUUUUAUCUAUUAUGAAGCAAGCUGGAUACAGUGAAGUUGUGGACAUUCCAGAGAGUGCAGAGAUAAUCUUUAUCAAUACUUGUGCAAUCAGGGACAAUGCAGAACAGAAAGUGUGGCAGAGGCUUAAUUAUUUUUGGUUUCUGAAGAGGCACUGGAAGAGCAAUGUUGCAAUUGGGAGGUCACAUUCCCUGCAUCCCCCGAAGGUGGUUGUGCUAGGGUGCAUGGCUGAAAGAUUAAAGGAUAAGAUUUUAGAUGCAGACAAGAUGGUCGAUGUGGUCUGUGGUCCUGAUGCUUACCGAGAUUUGCCACGGCUUCUAGAAGAGGUAGAAUAUGGUCAAAAGGGGAUCAACACUCUACUUUCACUUGAAGAAACUUAUGCUGAUAUCUGUCCUGUUCGAAUCUCAAAAAAUUCUAUCUCUGCCUUUGUAUCCGUAAUGAGGGGGUGCAAUAACAUGUGCUCAUUUUGCAUUGUUCCUUUCACUAGAGGCAGAGAGCGGUCGCGCCCUGUUGAGUCAAUUGUGAGAGAAGUGGCAGAACUUUGGAAAGAAGGUGUGAAAGAAGUCACACUUCUUGGCCAGAAUGUAAAUAGUUAUAAUGAUGCAUCUGGUUGUGAGAAAGACGUUGAAUCAGGAGCAAAUUGGAAGUUCAGUGAUGGCUUCUCUAGCAUGUGCAAGGUGAAAAAAAUGGGUUUACGUUUUUCAGAUCUCUUGGAUCGACUUGCAACUGAGUUUCCAGAGAUGCGGUUUAGAUACACAUCCCCACACCCUAAAGAUUUUCCAGAUGAGUUACUGUAUGUAAUGCGAGAAAGAUAUAAUAUUUGCAAAAGUAUCCAUUUGCCUGCACAAACAGGGAGUAGUACAGUACUUGAAAGAAUGCGUCGGGGAUAUACACGGGAGGCUUACUUAGAGCUUGUGCAAAAGGUCCGGGGUAUUAUGCCAGAUGUGGGGAUAAGCAGUGACUUCAUAUGUGGUUUUUGUGGUGAAACUGAAGAGGAACACAAAGACACAUUAAGCCUUAUAAAGUCUGUUGGAUAUGACAUGGCAUACAUGUUUGCAUACAGCAUGAGAGAGAAAACUCAUGCCCAUAGGACCUAUGUUGACGAUGUUGCCGAGGAAGUCAAGCAGAGGAGGUUGACAGAACUCAUCGAGGCUUUUCGUGAGAGUACAGGUCAGUGUUAUGAUUCCAAAAUUGGUAGUGUUCAACUUGUGCUAGUUGAAGGACCCAAUAAAAGAGCUCCCGAUACAGAGCUCAUUGGCAAGACUGACAGAGGUCAUAGGGUAUCAUUUGCAAAUCUGCCAGUCCCUGACCGGGAUUAUUAUGAUGGGAACCGGAAUCCAAGGGUUGGAGACUUUGUAGAAGUUCGGAUCUCCAAAUCGACAAGAGCAUCCCUGUAUGGAGAAGCCCUUGCUAUAACUAAGUUAAGCUCAUUUUAUAACAUUGUGCAUGAUGAAGCUGUUGCUUGCACAAGCUGAAGCAUGGGUGCUUCUAAAUGUUCCUUAUCGUAUGGUGAAGUGUUUGAUAACUCGAAUAAUUCAUCAGAAUGAGCUUUCUUAACCAUACUUGUCUGCCGUAAUCUUGGUCAUAUUGACUGCGCGACUUGUUACAAUUAAUCCAAUUUAGAAGUACAGAGAAUGGUUCUGCCUGCCAUCUUUAUUGAGAUGGGUCUACUCUGUUGGAGACGGGGAACUUGCUGGUUUUUAUUCUUGGGUUGUCCUUGCAAUUGUUAAGAUUGUGUCUCCUUUGGUAGAUGAUUGUGAGAAAAGAUUUCCUUGAUGAAGUAUGAUCUU